CAAUGUACGUAUUGGAUGGAAACAGAGCUAUACGAGACCAUCAAAGGAAGACAAAGAAUAUUUGCAAACACUAAAUUCAACAACAAUCCGGGCCGGGUGCAGUCCACUCUUGAGAUGUCCUCCUGCAGCCCCCCAGUCUCCAUGUCCUGGCGUGGACCCCAGGGUAGAGGGUACCUCAACCACCAAGCCUAUGAUCCUGCCCAGUCCUUUGCAUACACCUCAGUCUACUCUGGAGUGAGAGCAGUCAAGAAUUUGAGCGAAUAUGGGGAUUCCGUUUUGGACCGGGAUGUGAUUCAGGAGGGACUGACAGACCUGGGACGCACUAGCGAUGGCCUCAGCAUUUCCUAUCUCACGUUGUCGUUACCUGGCUAUGGGCUGGUUGAUGUGAGCCUACUGUUAUCAUAUCCUCACUUGCAACGGGUCAAUCUAUCAUCAAACAGUCUCACAGAUGUCUCUGUGUUGAGCAAUCUUCCAUACCUCACAUUCCUGGACCUAUCAAUUAACAAAUUAUCGACAGUGCUCGACUUUGAGUCUCCCCACAAUCUCACGGAGGUUAACUAUGCACGCAAUGAGAUUGAGGGUAUGGGGGAUUUGUCUCAGCACCCUUCUUUAAUCAAGCUCAUACUCGACUCCAAUCAGAUCACCAGGAUUUGUGGUCUGGAGACACUGAGACGACUUUCUAUACUGAGUCUAGCAGACAAUCGACUAGAGAGCAUCAAUGGUCUGGAACACUUACCACUGAAACAUCUCAACCUGGGAGGAAACUGCAUCAAAGUGAUUGAGGGACUAGACACACUCAGCCAACUACAGGUUCUAGACUUAUCCGGAAACAAAAUAUCGAGUUGCAAAGGAUUGGAAAACAACCGGUUCUUGUUGAACGUGAACUUGGAGGAGAACGAGAUUGUUAAUAUUGAGGAGGUGAGGCACUUGGAUGGCCUCCGUCUCUUGAAGACACUCAACCUAUCAAAGAACCCUAUAGAGACAAUGGCCGAGUACCGUGCCAUGGUGGUCCAUUACCUGCACUCUAUCACAACACUCGACCACAGAGCAAUUGAUGCCAAGGAAAAGGUGUCAGCUCUGAACAGGUUUGCUCCUUCAUUGGAGGUAACAGCUUCGUUUGAUCACAGGAUCAACAUCAUGGGAUCAGUUAAGAAGCCAGCUAGGAUUAGAUUCAGUACGUUGACAUGUGCUGAGGAGCCCUACCCCAUGCUGAUACUGUGUGGUCCAUCGGGAACAGGCAAGGGACAAUUUGUUCAACUACUAGUGGAGGAGUUCCCAAGCUUCUUUGGCUUAGGUGUGUCCCAUACUACACGCCCACAGAGGGACAGGGAGAGCCAUGGGAGAGACUACUAUUUUAUUGAUGAGAGUACUUUCACAAGGGCAGCAAAAUCUGGAGAGUUUGUCCAGAGGUCAGGCAGAAGUAGGAGCAUGUAUGGUCUAACAAUGGCUGCCAUAGAGCAAGUGGCCCAACAAGGAUUGGCCUGUGUCACUCACAUGAGCAUUGAGGGUGUACUGACUUUGAAGAAAACUCACUUUGAGCCACGCUACAUCUUGACACUUCCACUCACACCAGAGAUCCACAAGCAGCGACUCAGAGAGAAGGGUUGCUAUAGCAACGAGCAGAUCAAGACUAUCUUGAAUGAAGUGGACUACUACAAACAGAUCCAUCAGAACCAUCCUGGCUUCUUUGACACAUCUCUCAACACGGACAAUCUGAAUGAGGGCUACAACUACCUGCGUGCUGUGGUGAUGGCCUAUGGUGACAUAUCCCCCGAGUCCCCCCUCUCCCUCACCUCUGGCUCACAGCAGACUACUCAAGCAACCACCUCCGCCUCCACUUCAGAGAGAACCACUCCUCAACCAAACACCGACACUCCUUCACUGUUGUACAACCCGUUCGAGAAGCCACAUGACUAUCCGUAUGCAGCACUGGGUAAAGGCACACUUGAGAGCAUUCAGAAUAUGUCCAAGACUUGGUUCAGACGAGGUUCCUCCCAGUCUGAGCUGGGAGAUAGCAGACCAAUAUCUGGAGGAGACACACAGCAGAGGCAUGGAUCUAGAACACCUCUGUCUGAUCAAGGAGGGAGGAAGCACUCGAUUGUGAAGGCUGCUGUAGCCGGCAGAGAGAGCAUCUCAUGUGAAGGAUCAGUGGUCAGCUCUAGUAGGCCUGGUACUAGCCUAAACAGUCAUGCUGUGAUGAAACAUCAACCAUUGGACGAGACGCGGAGUGAAGAGUCAAGUUCUGAAGAGGAUGACAAUUCUCUUGCCGAGUCCUCGCUGUCUAAGCUCUCCUCAGAGAGAGUAUUCUCACCUGACAAUCCAUCAGAACUCAAUGACUAACAUUAUAUUAGGGCUGUGCAUUAUGAAAAGCAAAUGUAUCACUUGUGUUUUUAUGGACAUUAAUUUUAUGGUUCACUAUGAA